AUGAAAAGGCACAACUACAGACGUUUGUGUCCAGACAUAUCAUUCUUCCAACAAGGUACUGAUUAUCCUUGUCAAGCGAUAGUCAAUGCAAAUGGACCAAAACGCCUGCAUUCACGUGUACAGUAUACAGUACUUAGAAGUGCCAAUGUUGAGCGAAAAGGUUUAGGCGUCACUAAGAUUGCCGUGUCUGUAAGAAAAGCUCCGGAAGAUUAUGCACCACUAGCAGAAGGCGGAGAAGCGCACUGGGAAGUUCUAGAGAGAAUUUUAUUUCUCUACGCAAAAUUAAAUCCUGGACAAGGAUAUGUUCAAGGGAUGAAUGAAAUCGUUGGUCCUAUUUACCACGCAUUUGCAUGUGAUCCAGAUCCUAAGUGGAGAGGUUCAUUGACUAUUUAUUAA